AAGGCUGUGUUUUUGAUGCAUGUCGCAUACGCAAUGCUUCCAUUCAGUGUUCCAGUUUAGAAAUGUAUGCUACAGAAUGUGCUGCUAGAGGUAUCUGCAUUGACUGGAGAGGAAAGACCAACUUUACAUGCCCAUACAACAAAUGUCCAGCAAACACAGUAUACAAGGCAUGUGGGCCCAUUAAUCCUGCUACCUGCGAGCCAAGCUAUGUUGAGCACAGCGGCUAUGGUGUAACUGAAGGAUGUUUCUGUCCAGAAGGACAGACUUUAAUCAGUGAAGACAGCAGUAUCUGUGUCUCUGAAUGCUCUUGUAGGGAACCAAAUGGAAUAUCCAGAACGCCAGGAGAAAAAUGGAUGAAGGAUUGCCAGGAAUGUGUCUGUGACAAACAUACUCUUAAAGUACACUGUACAAGACACGAAUGUCCUCUGACACAACCAGUGUAUUGUCAUGAUCCAGGUUAUGUGCCUGUUCAGGUACAGGUACCAGAAGAUCCAUGCUGCAGCAGGACUGAGUGCUUCUGCAACACUAGCCUCUGCCCUGAGGUCACACACAAAUGCUCAGCAGGACAGGAAAUAGUUACAACAACCCAGCCUGGAAAAUGUUGUCCUUCCUUUGAAUGCGAACCUGGCUGUGGAGUCAAUGGCACCUUCUAUCCAGUAAGUACACAAUAA